GUGACGACCCCAACACACCCACCCAUCCACCGCUUUUAGUUUCGUUUGCAUAUUCAAUUUUACUGGAGUUUGUUAUACGGUAUAUUUAUCGAUGUUUUUUUUGCUUCUUUGAGUUGUGGGACUUAUCAUGAGGUUGAAGACAGCGAGAGUUUCUACCUUCAUCGUUAUCGUUAUUGUCGGGUCUGUGUUAUACUUUGUUGUAGCGACUACCAAUUGUGCUCUACACUUGGAUUGGUGGAAUGGUGACGUACAUCCGAUAAGUCGGAAACCAUGCAUAGUCAGAAGUUUGCCAGCGGAAAGUCUUGUCAGAGUGUACAACUCGAAUAUACAGUUUGAAGACACAGGCUCCUUGACUUAUCUGUCUAAGUUAACGCACCCAGUCCUGCGUCAGAGAUCAUGCGCAGUUGUUGGUAACAGCGGAAUACUAUUAAACAGCAAGUGCGGUGAAGAGAUCAAUUCCCACGACUUUGUCAUCCGAUGCAACAUUCCGCAAGUUAGAGAAUUUACUAGAGACGUUGGGUACAAGACGAACUUAACCAUUGUAUUUUUAAAAACUAUGCAAAAUCUACACAAGUACUUAUAUUCUACAAACAUGAAAAUACCCCUAGAUUUGCUUGACAGUUUGCGAUUUUUGAACGAUUCAAUUGUAUGGUACCCCGUAGCCAAUUCCUCGUCAAUAGCAGAUAUUCAUUAUUUGAAAUCCAAGUACAAUCUGAAGUUCCAAUUUGCAAUUUCAACUUUUCAAAAAAUGACUUUGACUGUGAAACGAUUAUUUACACUAUAUGGUCCUCCAACAACUGGACUACGAGCCGUCACUUCUGCACUUUCUUUCUGUGAUAAUGUCACUGUGUAUGGGUUUUAUCCAGACCGAUUUGAUUCCUAUGGUAACGAAGUCCCGUAUCACUAUUACGGCAAACACAAGACAAUAGAGGAUCUGCACACAUUCCACAACUACCCAAAAGAACAUGCUGUAUUUAAGUUUCUAAAUUCUACACAAGAUCUGAACCUGGUCACUGGUCAAUGCACAAGAUAA